AUGGGAGCCGAGCAGCAGCACCAGGCCGCCGGGGGCAGCAGGUUCGCCGUGGCGUUCGGCCUGCUGCGCCAGUACAUGAGGGAGCAGCCUGGCGUGGUCACCGUGGGCCUCUCGCCGGGCGGCGGCGACGGCGUCGAGGCGGUGGCGCCCGAGCAGCGGAUCCGGACCAUGGAGCUCUUCCCCCAGCAGGCCGGCACGGUCAGGGGCUCGCACGAGAGGACGGGGCCUGGGAGAGCGCCGCUCACCAUCUUCUACGGCGGGAGGACGUUCGUGUUCGACGACUUCCCCGCCGAGAAGGCCAGGGAGCUCAUGCAGCUCGCCGGCUCCUUCUGCGCGCCGCCGCCCGCCCCCGACGCCGAGCCCGCCUGCCAGAACGCGCCGGGGCAGCCUUGCUUGUCAGGUACGGAUCGCGCUACACUUUGUGUAGACCUGCCGAUCGCGAGGAAGGCGUCGCUCCACAGGUUCCUGGCGAAGAGGAAGAGCAGGCUCACCGCGGCAGAUCCGUACCCGGCGCCGUUAGCGGCGCCGGGGGCCGGGGCGGCCAAGGAGACGGCCGGCAAGGCUGCGCCGGAGGACGGCGGCGCGCCGUGGCUCGGCGUCAACCCCGCGCUCCAGCUCAACUGA